GUCAGCGUCGUGUCAGUCGGGUUUCGGUCGUCAAACCAAGCAGAGGUGCGACAGCGACAGCGGAGAACUAACGCCAAGCUACACACACAGACAGUAGAGAAGACAGACAGAAGCGAAAGAGGCAGAGGAAGAAGAGCAGCAGCCGCACCAGGUUGAGGUUGAGUUCCAGCUUCAGUUACAGUUACAGUUUCAGUUUGUCAGCAAGCCGCAGAAUCCAUCCAAAAAAAAUAGAGGAAGCAAGCGAAUAACAAAUCAAAGAGAAAUAAGUGUGGAACUGUCAGCUUGCUGGGUCAUUAGCUAUUGCCAUUUGCCAUUUGAUUGACGGGCAUCACCAACGCUAGAGAGUGGGCAAGAGAUAGAAAGAGAGAGAGACACAACUACUUGUCUAACUUUGUGUUCUCCGCGUGCCGGACGCAACGCAGCCUAGGAAAGUGGGCAACGAAUAAUUGAAAAGGCAAAAAACCAAACAAAAAAAAAGCAAAUACGAAUCGAAAUUGGAAAUCUAAUUAGCGACAGACGAGGUCAGAUCCCGGCUCCUUCAAUCAUCAUCAGUAUUGACAGCAGCAGAAGUAGCACCAGCUCUGUGCGAAAUCAAACGACAACAACAACGAGAAUAACAAGUGUAACGACAACAACAACAAGAACAACAACUGCUAGAAAUUGAGCUGAAAAGGCGUUGCUCGCACCUCCAACAAAAACCGAAUCCGGAUCCGACAUCCGACAACCGAAAGCGAAAGCGACGUCAACACCAGCAAACACUUUCGCGCGCCAGUGUGUGCGAGUGUGUGUGUGUGCUGUCGUCUGUGUGAGCGCGCGCGUGUAUGCGUAUGCGUAUAUAUGUGUGUGUGUGUGUGUGUUGUAACUUCGAACAGUGAUAACGGAACACGCGCGUUUUUUUCUGCCUCUCUGCUGGAAGAAGACAGCGACACUUUUCUUCCGAUUGCGAUUUCGAUUCUGUAUUUUGUCUGUGCUGACAUCACUUCACUGUCUUAACUAAUCAAAGGAGGAGAAGGAGCAGGACGUUAAUGAACUAAAUAUAUGCGAGCAUCUUCAACUUCAAUUUCUUCCACUUUCAUUUUCCACUUUUACUUGGACUCGGUACAGGCUCUCAACCUCAGCUAUUGAUCAAUUAAACGACUAACCAAGCUGCCAAAAGGACUACGCCACAAAUAUGUUCUCCAUGUGCUCAAAGGUGAAGCCAAGGAGCGAAGAGUUCAGCUCGACGCCGUCGCAGCAGCAACAAUUGCAGUUGCAGCAGCAGCCCUCGGGCACGGGAGGGAAGCAAAUCAAAGGCGGCUACCUGCUGCGCUAUAAAAAGCACAUGCUGUGGAAUCGAUGGGCCGAGGAGUGGGUCAUACUCUACGAUGACUCGACCAUGGCGUGGUUCACGGAGCCAGGCCGCUCCUCGCCCUCGGGCAAGAUACUCGUCAAGGAGGCGCCCGAGAUGCUGGCCAUUGCCCAUUGGACUGGCCAGAUACCGCGUCGUCCUCCACUGCCCGAUGGCGUGAGUGUCUCACAGCUGAUUGCGCUGGGCUCGCGACGCAAACGUUCCAAGGUUUACUGGAUGCUGGCCAAGUCGGAGCAGGAGGUGAGCGACUGGAUCGAUGCCAUAACCAAAACUCUGCCACCGCCGCCACAAAUCGAACUGGUGGUGGACAAGCCGCAUCUGAUGAACGUGCUGCGGCGUCCACUUGUGCGCAUAAGACCGGCCACCAACUCGGAGGUGAAGCAGCGCAAGAGUUCCAGCAACAGGCAUCAUCGCAACACCUCAACAUCGCAUUCGACGGCGACAUCGACGUCGACGGCCUUGACCACUCAGCGCAUCAUGUACAACCAGAAUCCUUUAGUCAAGAGCGAUGCGGCUGUGGCGAUUCUGAGCAAGAAGCCGGACUCGAAGGCCUCGCUGGCCUGUGCUCUGCCCUGGGGCCAUGGCUGGGGAUGGGCCACACUGCCCAACGGAGUGUGGAGCGGCGGCCUCACCUGGUCGCAGUGCGAAGACACCUUCACGCUCCACGCACUGCCCACCACCCACUGCACCAAUCUGAUCGACACCUCGUGCAGCGGCGCCGUCUAUCACACUGACAUCGGUGGCUUCGAUUUCCACUCGACGGGCGUGGACGAUCUCGGCGGCGAGGACUUUGACUAUGCCAUGGACUGUGGCGAUUUCAUAUUUUAAGCGCAUUCCGUCAACAACUUUCUCACACAUUUGACAGAUCAAACCCACCCAAAAAGGAAGGAGAAAGAAUAUGAUGUAGAGAAUCAGGAGGUAAUCGCAUUCGUAGUAUAAAGUGUGCUUCAAUUGUCCCUUUGUGUUAGGCGUUGCAAUUAGCAUAGACAAGGAUAGAAUAGCCAAAAGAACAUGUUCACACACUGCGUAUACGCAAUUUAUCGUUGGCAGUUGCGAUGCCCCAAAAAGUAGGCAACAGUUUUGGCAUGAAUCGUAAUCGAAGCGAAGCAGGAAAUGAGAAACGAGAAACAAGAAACAAGAAACGAGAUACCGAAGCCGAAGCCGAAACCGAAACCGAAACCCGAGACACGAAACGAUACUUGUAUGUAACCUUAAGCAUCUUUUUAUGAAUUUUAUAAAGGAUUCCCAACAAUUUUCGAUGCCGCUGUGACCGCGAUCGCAAUUGUGUUAUGUACGCUUUUAGUGUGCAAUUUUUAAAUGGAACAUUUUUACAGCGCAGCUAAUUAAGUCAAAUUGAUACUCGUAAAUGUUAUUCGUAAGUGUGUGUGUAGAACAUGCUGGAUAUGUUCACGUACAGCAUUUUUAUAGUUUAGUAUAUAGUGGCGAUAAGUUUUGCUAUUGAAUGUAAUGUAAUGGCCCAAAACAAGCAAGAGGAAAACCAGGUUAAAAACACGUUUACACACAACAACACAAUCAACAAACACAAAUACAUACAUGAGCAUGAGAAGGGAGAAGCGAUUAAUUGUAAAAGAAUCCCAAUCGAAUCGAAUCGAGUUUGAUAAACCCCAAGCACACAUAAAGCCAGAAGAGUUUCUAGAAACUGAAAUACACAAAGCCCACCCACGUACUGAUAAAGUAAAGUUUAUGAAAUAAACUAGUUUAUUUAACCAAAACCAAAACCAAAACGAAAACAAAAAUGAAAAAGUUUAAUAGUUACAUAAGGCAAACAACAUAAGAAACCAAAGCAGACAUUAAAUCAAUUUGAUGUAUUUAACAUAAAUAUGUAUACUCUUUAAGUAUAUUUAUAUAUAUUACGAUAUGUAUAAGAACCCAUGCAUCAUCAGAUAUCCACCGUUAAUCACACAGAAUAGCCGCACAGAAUAAGAUCGAGCACUUGGCAUGAUUGCACCUGAUACUUGAAACUCUUUCUUGGCCCUUUUGUAUUGUAGUUAAUUUCAAUAUUAUCGCAUCAAAGUAUCAGAUGUCCUCAUGUCAAAGGCGGAUGCUUAUUGAAACGUCCAUUGCCACGUGUCCAUUAAAUAUGUAUACAAUUUGUUAAAACGAAAAGAAAAAAGAUCUUUUCAAAUUUACAUUUGAAUUUGAAUUUAGGAAAAUUUGAAAACUCUUGUGCACUGCGAGUGCCAAGAGGAAAAACGCCGCUACGGAAACCUUACACAAAAACAAAAAAAGAAACGAAAAGAAAAAACAUUUAGAAAUUAAAUGUAUAGAUUAAGUGAAAAGUGUCUUCAAAUGGCAAGGGACACGGUUAAGAUUGUUGAGAAACCCAAAGAUAUUAAAACGAAAACAAUUUGUGUAUUAUCUAAGAAUGUGCUGGUUUUCACAAUGUUGCAAACUUAGUCGAAUAAUAGAAAUACGUAUAAUUAUAAAUAUAUAAAGCAUAAAGACAUACGGGUAACAAGUAAAAUCUUGCCUAAAUAAACAGUAUGCCCCUAAAAUGUAGAAUCCAUAGGUGUGUACUAUAUACAUAUAUGAAUAUUAGUUGUAGGUAAUGCCAAGACAUGCAUGUAUAGUUAACUAUAUUUAUAUACAACCAUUUGAGACCGAAGAAACGCCUAGACGUAAACCAAAGCAAACAAAACCAAAUCGAAUCGAAUAGCGUCAAUACUCAAAUUGAUAUUUGGUAAAAACAAAGCAAAAGUUAAACCUGAGCCCUUGCAGCCUUAGUUGAAUCGUAUGUACGUUGAAUACUCACUCUUCCCCCCUCCCCGAAAAAGGAGAGGGAAGUAUUUAGAGCAUAUAUGAAUAACCGUAACGAUAGUACUAUUAAAUGUGUUAAAUGCAUUGAGAGAAGGAAAAGAAAGCGAGAAAACCCCCUCCCCAUCGCCCCCAAGAAACCCCUUGACAAAAUAAUGUAGACUAAAAGACUUAAGCAAUUGUCGUAUAGACGUUAAAUUAGAGCGCAUUGAAUGUUGGCUUAAAAAUGUUUAGAAAUGAAUCUUUAUAAGUAGUUUAAAGUAGCAACAGCAGCUGUCAGCCGUCGUGUUUAUGAGCAGGAGUACGAGUUUAUCGACUGCUUGUACUGUUAUCCUGUAGUCUGAUGUAUGUAUAACCCCAAAUAAUCGAUAUGUAAAUGGAUGUAAUUAAAUGUUAGAGAAGCUAUGCAAGCUGAAGCCAAAGUGAAGUGUUGAACAGCAAAGAAGCAAAGAAGCCAAACAAAGAUUGAGUGUUUUCCUUAGUGUGUAAACUUGAAUAAACAAACCGAAACCAAAACAAAAACAAAAACAAAAACCGACCUCGACAAUCACGGAUAUAAAGAAUGAAGUAAAUCAUAAUAAUCAUAAUACAAA